AUGCCGGCGGCGGUGGUGGCGCAGAUUGCGGCUGCGGUGGGCGACGAUCGAAGCGUGCUGGCACUGGCGGGGACGUGCCGGCGACUGCGGGCGCUGCUGCGGCCGGUGCGGCGACGAAUUUUGCGGCGCGGGCUGCCAGAGUGGGAGGAUGCGGUGCCGUGGGUGAGCUGGCGGUGGGCGUGGCGGAUGGCGCCUGAUGCGCCAGUGGCGCUGACUGCGGCGGCGGCGGUGCCAACAACGAUCGGGCUGACCAUCUACACCGAGAUCGGGCACUCGGCAUCAUCGGGCGCACUGAUGAUGGUGCUCGUCUGGCCGUGGGCGUUGCUGUUUGUGCUCGGCGCGCUGCUGUUUGACUUACUCACGCGGAGUGGGCGGGUGGGGAACAUGGCGGCGGGGAUGGCGGCGGCGGGCCUCAGUCUCCCGCCGACGCUCGCCUCGGUCCUGCUGUUUUUCAAAGAGAGUCUUGCGCUGCGAUGGAUCCUGCUGCCGCUGAUGGUGCAGGGCUGCGCGGUGCUGGUGUUUGCGCUGCGCUAUUUGUACGUUGUGGCCAACGUGGCCUCGCCGUUUACUCGGCGCGAUCUGGUGGCGGUAGCAGACUCUGCGGCGCACGGCGCGAUGGCUACAGUGACGAGCUUGGUUUUGCUCGCGCUCAAGGGCGACGGGACGGUCCCGAGCCUCCCAUGGUGGCUUGUUUUCGCGCCGGCAUAUGUUGUGGCGGCGGUAGUGGUGGCGCACGAGGCUUGGCACGCGCUCGAAUCGCCGCGGACUGGCGCGGAGACGCGUGUGUGGCGGGCGGGGGCCGUUGGCGCUUCGAUGCCGCGACAGCGGCGCCUCUCCAACGCACACGAGGUCAUGGGCGUACCGGCGUUUGUGCCGCGGGUGCGGACGGUCAUGGCGCUGGUUGCGGCCGCUCUCACGCUGGUUGCGCUCCUCAACGCCUACGCCGACGGCCACAUUCAGAUCUUUGCCGUUGUCCUCAUUCCGGCGUAUGUUGUGCUGUUCAUCUGGCUCUGCGCCUGUGGCUGCAGCGUCUGCGGACGGCGGCGUGUGGAGCACGUCGGCGGGCUGCACGACGUGGAGCGGUAGCGGGCCGACAUGACAGUAAAAGGGAGUGG